AAUACAAAAAAAAAAACAAAAAUGAAAAAAGGCUGUCUGCAAGGGUCAAUAAUAAGAUUAACAGCGUGGAAUUGGAUGCGCUUCUAAAUAAGUUGGAAGAAAACAUGCCCAAUGAAAACGUGAAAGUAAUUGCAGAUGAUCUUGCAUGUGCAUUAAAGGAAAUACCAGGUCGGAAUUACAUACUCAUGCUGUUCAAUACGGCUGAAAAUUGGGGCAUAAAAUCCAACAUAAUAAGAGUAUCAUACGGGACGGUUGUCCUCUCAAUUGUGAGAUAUGGCUUAGUUUUGUUGUAUGAUGUGGUAAACAAGAUCUUGGUGAAAAGAAACCUGGCAAUUCAAAGAGUGCUAUUAUUACUAACAACUAAAAUACAACUUCGACGGUAG